AUGACUACCAAACCCCAAAUACCGCAUCUCCGUGACACCGCAACGUCAAAACAACUCAUCGUCAAUGGAAAGCCGUUCCUCAUACUCGGCGGAGAGCUACAGAAUUCUUCAUUCAGUUCUGUCGAGUAUAUGAAUGAGGUAUGGUCAAGUCUGGUUGCCAAUAACUACAAUACGAUCUUGGGAAGUGUUGGCUGGGAACAGAUCGAGCCACACGAAGGCACUUUCGACUUUGGCGUUCUGGAUGCACAGAUUGGAGCUGCCCGUCGUUGGGGAUUGCGGAUCGUUCUGUUGUGGUUUGGGAGUUACAAGAAUGUCUUUCAACAGNGCCUUUCAUCGUACACUCCGGUAUGGGUCAAGCAAGACGACAAGCGGUUCCCUCGAACCAAGCUCAGAGAUUCCACAGGCAACCUCAUCACUGGCGAUGUCCUGUCCGUCUUCGGCGAAGAGAGCAUGGGUGCAGACGCAAAUGCAUUCACGCAACUCAUGCGACAUCUCAAGCAGAUAGACGGCGACCACUCUACCGUAAUAAUGGUACAAGUAGAGAACGAAGUCGGUGUCCUUGGAGACUCGAGAGACCGCAGUGCAGCCGCCGAAAAGGCAUUCAAUGCUCCAAUGCCAGCAGAGAUGAUCCAAUUCCUAAACAGCGAGUGGGCAAAGAAGACAUCUAAAUUCCAAGUCAACUUCAAGGACAUUGAGACCAAGACUUUUUCUCCAGAGAUAUCCUGGGCAGAUCUCGGUGGUACAGAAGAAAGGGUCAAUGAACUUUUCAUGGCUUACCACUACGCACGCUACCUCGAGAACAUCACCUCUGCUGGCAAGAAGGAAUACCCACUUCCAAUGUACACCAACGUAUGGCAAAACUACGCCGAUGAAGAUGCAGAUAUAAAUGCACCCACCAUCGCCGGCGGCGGAAACCUACCCGGCGACUACCCCUCAGGAGGCGGCGUAACCGACGUCCUCGAUAUCUGGCAAACCUUUGCACCAUCUCUCGAUAUCAUCGGCCCUGACAUCUAUCUCAACAACUACACAGCUUCGUGUGCAAAAUACAGACACAACAAUCAAGUCCUCUUUAUUCCAGAGCAACGGCGCGACGAUUACGGUGCCUUGCGUGUUUGGGCAGCAUUCGGUUCAUACCAAUGCAUUGGCACAGCACCGUUUGGUGUUGACACGAUUCACUACACAGACAGCCCCUUUACAGCAACUUAUGGCUUGUUGGCAAAAGUGUCUCGCCAUAUAUUGACCGCACAAGCAAAAGGCAAUGCAAGCGUCGGGUUCUUCUUUGAUGACUUGUCCGCAGAUGGUAAAGAUAACUCGCAACCAAUCUCAGCCGAAUUCGGGCCAUGGAAGCUCACCAUCGAACGUUCUUUUGUUUUCGGUAAGCCGUCGGCUGGCGCAGGAAUGGUAAUCUAUCUCGAAGGAAAAGACCAGUUCCUUCUGAUAGGAUAUGGUUUCCAAGUCUCGGUCCAGUCAUCAAACCCGAAAGCGCACUUUACUGGCAUUCUCAGAUUCGAGGAAUGUGAUAUCUCGAACUAUGAGACAGGCGAGCUGCGGACAUUAAGGCUGCUGAACGGGGAUGAGACAAGAAGUGGCAAGUCUUGUGUCAUGCCGAAUGUGAACCCAGAUUAUGGCGGGUUCCCUAUCAGUAUCACUAUCCCUGGAAGGACUGGCAUUGCCAUGUGUCAACCUUAUGCUUUGUUGAACUAA